AUGUCCUCAGACGAUACUACAAGGAACAACAGAUACCAGUCUCUACCUACUCUUAGUUUCGACGACAGUCCUCGAAGUUCGUUACAGCACGGUCCUUGGGUAGCGGAUCCAACCCCUAUACAUCUAAAUCAUGCCGUCGCCGAAUCAGGCCCCGAGCCUGAGCGAGUUGCGCUUACCGCGCCUAGCCUUGAUAUCCCGUAUAUCCCUAACGCGUACCCACCAGACGUAACUACCGCGACAACAAGUAAUGCUUCAUCAAAUUUAUCCACAGAUACGAACGGAUCUAUCAGUACAAGUCUCUCUAAAGUAGAUAAGAGGAAACGGUUUAGACUGAGGGAUUGGCUCUGGGAGUUUGGCGCCGCGGUCUUGAGUAUAGGCUGUACCACGGCGGUCGUGGCGGUCCUAUACGCUUUUCAAGGGAAAGAGCUUUCAAGCUGGAAUUUCAUCUUUCGAAUCAGUCUGAAUUCUUUUGUGUCCAUACUCUCCGGCCUCUCCAGGGCUUCUCUCCUCGUCUCCGUCGCGUCGUGCAUCAGUCAGCUAAAGUGGAUUUAUUUCACCAAGUCUGCCGCGAGCUUAUACCGUAUGGAGAUCUUCGAUCUUGCGAGCAGAGGGCCCUGGGGCGCUUUGGUGUUGCUGUGGCAUAUGAAUAUCAAGGCUAAGCUCGCAGCGGCAGCUUCUCUAAUAACGAUCCUUUCAUUCGGUAUAGACCCUUUUAGCCAACAGAUGCUCUCCUACCCGAGUAGGUCAAUUCGCAUCCCCGAUGUAGCCUCAUUUGGUCGCGCGGAAAUGUAUAGCUCCGGCGCUUGGACGGGCGUUACUGGUACCUGGAUACCAGAGCGUAAUAUGGACCUUAAGAUGCAGGGAGCUAUUCUAAAUGGACUAUAUACCAUCAACGCCCCGCUACACUUUCGAUGUCCUACUGGGACUUGUGUAUGGCCGGAAUUUACUACUUUAGCUGUUACGAGCCACUGCAAAAAUGCUACAUCUGGGACUAAAAUUACUUGUAAGGAUGGACUUCCGAGCGCUGGCCGGUCCUGUGACUAUAUGACACCUAAUGGCUUUAUUAUCCAAACAUCGAGUCAUGAGAGUUCUGGCGGUGGCUAUCAACCGAGUUUUAAUUCAACUGCACGAGAAACUUCUUCUGUUGACGAAUGUUAUUCAGAUGGUUUGCACGGUAGUACCAUCGUCACUUUUGCAACCGCUAAUCUACUCGAACGUACGAUGGACAACCCGGAAAUAACGGAGUGUUAUAUCGAAUGGUCUGCCCGAAUAUAUAGAAACCUCUCGGUGGAGAACGGUACUAUGUCCUUGGGAGUACUCGAUGAACUUGCACUCGAUUAUGUCGAGUCUAUCGCCGGUAAUCAAAAUGUAGGAUGUCUCUUAAAAUUCUCUAUCGCAUCUGACGCGGGAAACCCACAGCGGAACAACAUCUUCACCAUAAAUCCAACCGAUUAUAAUCGCAUUGGAGCCUAUCUCGCAGGGAUUUUCUCGUCCUAUGAUGAGCAGGACUUUGGUAGGGCGUUGAUGAAUUCUCCUAGUAUCGAAGAGACUGUACGCAAUAUCACGGAGAGCAUGACAUACGCGAUUGGGGACAGCCACAACGCCACUCAGAUCGCCGGCGACGCCAUCACAUUUGAACAAUUCAUAAGCGUAAGCUGGCCAUGGGUCAUACUACCGUUAGUAGAAGUUCUGAUGGGACUGAUACUGCUAGUUCUUACUUUACAUAUCACUAAAAGAGGAGAUAUGGCGUCUUGGAAAUCAUCUAGCCUCGUCCCUUUCCUGAUCCAGAAUAAAGGCUGGGAGCAUGAAGACCUAUCGGACUUAUCAAUUAAGGGAAUUGAGAGUAUUUCACAACGCAUGAGAGGAUCCCUACAAUAUAAUAUGGGGGCUGCAAUGUUUAUUAGGGUUGAUGAAAGAUGA